UCCUAGGACCCCUGAUGCCUCGAAGCCAUUGUAUUCUCUUCCUAAUCUCUAUUCAACAUUAUUCUUUCGUGUUAUCCUAUCUAAUCUAAUUCUAAGUAUUAUAGCGUCGCGACGAGCUUUCCGGGCCUUGUACAGACCAUCAACAGUGUGUCCUGUUUCGCCUAGUUUCUUUCUAAAAUUAAUGGGCAUGCGAAAAGCGAAAGAUUGGAACUUUGGCCAAUGUAUUUGUUACGGCAUCUUUGCCUUGCCUGGUUAAUUAGGUUGUCAGAGCUUAUAGUCCCCAGGCAUUACGGGCACGUCUUCUCGUAACAUAUUCAUACACGUAAAGUUUCUACGCAUGGUGCAAUCCUACCGCUUUAUCUACGAAAAUUAUCCUGUGUCGCAAAAUUUCCUUGCACACAGAGGGGCAAGUAAUGUGCUCCUCCCAAUCCGCUCCAUGUGCCGAGUUUUAAGAAGGACCUAUUCCUACGUGCUACCUGGAGCGACCUCCGCACUCUCUCUCUCUCUCUCUCUCUCUCUCUCUCUCUCUCUCUCUCUCUCUCUAUAUAUAUAUAUAUAUAUAACCUAAUUAACGCUGCAUGUAUGAGUCCCACAACGGUACGUUGAGAGCAUCUACAACAAUGGAAGCAUCGAAAGAAAGGCGAGAGGCGGAGGACGGCGGCAGCAAUGGGCAGCAGCAGCAGCAGCAGGCGGUGCGGCUGCCGAUGGAGAGCAGCCCGUACGUGCGGUACAACGACCUGGAGGAGUACAAGUUGCAGGGCUACGGCACUAGCGGCCACCAGCCCCCGGUGGAACGUCCUCACCAAGGCGGCGGCACCGACGCCUCCACCCUCUCCGGUAGCGGCCUCCCGGAACGGCUAGCCCACGCCACCAACCAUGGCGUGGACCGUUAAGGAGUUUCUCAAGUAGCCACGCACCUUAAUUUGGCAUAAUCUUAUUGUAUUUAGUAGCCAACGAGUUGUAUUCAUGGCAUGGAGUAUAUCAUAUUUUUUCAUGUGUCAAAAGAGUGAUGAGAUGGUUACGAUAAUUCGAUGUGUUAUAAAAUUUGAUGAUUAAUUUAAAAA